GCCAGUUGAUCAUUCUACGUGCAAGUAUUUUUUUCAACUUUAGAGGGCUCUGUCGCGCUGCAAGUGGAUUUGCAGUGCGGGGUCCUGCAAUGCCCCUAAUUGUCCAGUUGGGGGCAUCUGUGACGUUGCCCUGCUCUGUGGAUACCCCACUACCUCUGCACGAGCUGGAGGUGCAGUGGAUGAGGGAGGAUUCUGGAUCUGUGCAUCUGUUCCAGGAAGGGGAGAGUAGGCCAGAAUCACAGAGCCCAGCUUACAGCGGCAGGGCCGAUUUUCUCUCUGAAGAAAUCUCCAAAGGAAACUUCUCUCUGCUGCUUAGGAAUGUCACUACUGAAGACAAAGGGCUGUACAAGUGCGUAGUUAACACUGAACACGAGUCCCAUGAAACAAAGGUGAAAAUAGAUAUUGGAUUUGCAGUUCGGGGUCCUGCUAUGCCCCUAGUUGUCCAGUUGGGGGCGUCUGUAAGGCUGCCCUGCUCUGUGGAUACCCCACUACCUCUGCACGAGCUGCAGGUGGAGUGGAUGAGAGGGGAUUCUGGGACCCUGGUGCAUCUGUUCCAGGAAGGAGAGAGUAGGCCAGAAUCACAGAGCCCAGCUUACAGCGGCAGGGCCGAUUUUUUCUCUGAAGAUAUCUCCAAAGGAAACUUCUCUCUGCUGCUUAGGAAUGUCACUACUGAAGACAAAGGGCUGUACAAGUGCGUAGUUCACACUGUUCAUGAGUCCAAUGAAACAGAGGUGACAAUAGAUAUUGAACGGCUGGUUGUGACAGGUGCAGACGUGCCCGCAUUUGCAUAUGCUGAUGAGGAUGUGAUUCUGAACUGCUCAGUGGACACCCAUGUUCCUCUCAAAGAGUUAGAAGUAGAGUGGAUAAAGACAAACGGGGAAAUCUUGGUGCUGCUGUUUUCUGAGGGGGAGAACAGACCAGAGUCACAGCAUGAGAGAUUCAGGGGACGUGCUGAGUUCUUCACUGAGGAGAUUCCCCAAGGAAACUUCUCUCUGAAACUGAGGGAUGUAAAAACAGAAGACAAAGGAGAAUUCAUGUGUAAAGUCCAUACAGACAGAGAAUCAGUCAACGCAACGGUAUGGCUACGAGAACUUGGAUUUGCAGUGGGGGCUCCUGCUAUGCCCCUAGUUGUCCAGUUGGGGGCGUCUGUAACGUUGCCCUGCUCUGUGGAUACCCCACUACCUCUGCAUGAGCUGGAGGUGCAGUGGAUGAGGGAGGAUUCUGGAUCCCUGGUGCAUUUGUUCCAGGAAGGAGAGAGUAGGCCAGAAUCACAGAGCCCAGCUUACAGCGGCAGGGCCGAUUUUUUCUCUGAAGAAAUCUCCAAAGGAAACUUCUCUCUGUUGCUUAGGAAUGUCACUAGUGAAGACAAAGGACUGUACAAGUGUGUAGUUCACACUGUUCACGAGUCCAAUGAAACAAAGGUGAAAAUAGAUAUUGAACGGCUGUUUGUGACUGGUGCAGACGUGCCAGUAUUUGCAUAUGCUGAUGAGGAUGUGAUUCUGAACUGCUCAGUGGACACCCAUGUUCCUCUCAAAGAGUUAGAAGUAGAGUGGAUAAAGACAAGGGAAAUCUUGGUGCUGCUGUUUUCUGAGGGGGAGAACAGACCAGAGUCACAGCAUGAGAGAUUCAGGGGACGUGCUGAGUUCUUCACUGAGGAGAUUCCCCAAGGAAACUUCUCUCUGAAACUGAGGGAUGUAAAAACAGAAGACAAAGGAGAAUUCAUGUGUAAAGUCCAUACAGACAGAGAAUCAGUCAACGCAACGGUAUGGCUACGAGAACUUGAUGCCACAGGAACUUCAAGAGAUAGUACCUCUCUCUCCACCUGAGCAGAGUACAGCACACACACAGGAGGGAUCAGAUGAUCACAGUAAGGUAUAAAGGAUCCUUUAUCAUCUACAGAAGGAUACAGUCUUAAGGCCUCAUUCUGUGUACCCACAAUGCACAUUGUAAUAUUUUUCUUUGUUAAUUGGUACACAGAAUGACAUCAUUCGACAUCAAACAUCACUCCUACGUUUCUGUGCUAAUACUGCUCCAUGCGGAAAAAAUGUUCCUGGUUUAUUUAUCACAGUGUUUCUCAACCCUGUGUCGGGGUGCGUGGGGGGUUAGGACCCAAACGCAGAGUGAGGGGAAAAAACUCCAAACUCCAAAUGGUGUGAACAAAGACUUUACUAAACAGAACCGGAACUAAAGCAGGGAACAAAAGGCCUCGCAGGGCAACUCUCAAAAAACGCAAAGAAAAACUUCAAAACACUGGAAUCAAAGAAAAUCCAAAAAUCCAAAAGCACGUAAAAACGGAAAGUGGGCAAAAACACAGGAAGCUACUCUCAGAGGAAACACGCGGGGCAGAACACAAUGAGAGGCACACACAAACACAAAAACAAGGAUCCAGCACCUGAGUCAGGGAGAAGGGAACUUAAAUAGACAAGACACUGACGAGACACAGCAGGGCACAAUGCACAAUCAGGCCACAGAGAGGGAAGGGAAAACGAGACAACCAAAAAACAAUAAUUGAACAAUUGAAAACAAUAAUACAAUUAAAUAGGGUACAAGCAGGACACAAAACAGAAGUGCCGCCAUCUGGCGGCCCAACAAGGAAAGACAGAGACGGAAACACAGAACAAUGACACCCUGGUCCUGGGGACCCACUGUGUACACUGGCCAAUCUCUUAGUUGAUCAGUUAAGGUUGUUGAAAGUGUGCUUUAUCAUAACUGUGUGGUCAAGCUCCACGUAUAGUUAAAACCAAAUUUUAAAUUCUAAUUUCAUUUGGAGUCAGAUAAUUGCGAGAGUAAACCAUAGUAACUGUUACGCUUACUUGCUGUGGUCAUAGAUAUAUUUGAUGCCUUGUUCCGCUCCUUUGUGAAUAUUCUGAUGCUCCCAUUGGAAUAUUGAUAGUCCGGCGACAAGUCAGAUAUAUCUCUGAUGACAACAUAGCCCCGUUUGCGAACGGAGAGUAACAAGAAUGUUACUGGUCCGUUUCAGGCCAGUCUUAAGCGGGAUAUGGAGCAGUGCAUUCAUAUCUGACCCGUGGCGACGGAUCCACUGCAUUCUUAAGUAUAAUUGUGCCCUGUUCUUACGAACAGAGGAAAAAUAAAUAACAUCUCUGGUUUUGACUCACACCAGCCAAGGGAAAACACGCUGUGCCUUCCCCUCCAGCUACAAACCCCCAUUGGUCUAGCUGUGAGGUGUUUACAAUCCAGAUGUUAGUAAACUGUUGCUGUCGCCAUUUAUGUUGAAUUCAAUUCCACUUUAUUUGUGUACUGUAAUUUUUGUUUUACAGACACUGUCAUGAAGACAGAUUAAAGGAAAACUGCGCUUGAAUUGUACAUUAUGACAUUGCUGUGCAAAUAAAUAGAUGUUUCUUGUCUUGUU